UUCCCGCCAUUCGUAAACAAGAACCUGCCAACAGGGUGUUCCAAGAAAAUGUGUGAAAAUCUGCUGCUAGUAUGUGCUGUCUUCCGGAUAGCCGUCUACACGUUUUUCCGGAGACUGUGUGGAUUUGGACCUCCCCCAGUCAAGCCAAACUUCACAGUGUUAUGUCUGGGACUGGAAGGAUCUGGAAAGAGCUCCAUCUUGGCAGUGCUUAGUGGGGAAAAGUAUGAUGAUAUAUCGCCUACUAAAGGUUUCAGUAUCAAAGCUCUUUUGUUUGAUGACUGUAUUGUUGAUGUCAAAGAACUAGGAGGAGGUGAAUCAGUCCGUCCAUACUGGGACCGAUAUUAUGGAGGAGCCCAAGGGAUCAUAUUUGUAGUAGACAGCACCUCAUCUGAUGAGAAGCUUAAGCUAGCCAGUAAUGAACUCCAUAAAGCACUCGGAGAUCCUGUAUUAGAUGAUCUCCCCUUAAUAGUGUUGUGCAAUUACCAAGAUAAACAGGAAGCAAAAUCUCCCACUCAGCUGCAGGAAAUCCUUGAAGUGAACCUAGAGGAUGGUCACAGGACGUGGAGCAUACAUGGUUGUAGUAUACAUGAUAAAGACAGUAUCAAGCAUAGCUUUCAGGAACUCAACAAGGUCCUUUUACAUCCUAAAAGUCAUUCCAAAGUAAAUCAUUCGGACAACAAGGAUUUCAGUCGACUGUGAAGAAAAAUUGAUUUUGUCUAAUCACUUGAUAUCUAAUAUCCAUAUUGUGAUUGUCACUGAAUCUGUUGUGUUUACUUUUAUGGGUUUUUUUAACAUAUGUUGAUAUUCCCUCAAAGCAGAGUACACAUAAUGCCCCAGAUCUGUGUUUAUGCCCCACCACAAAGUGGCUGAAGGCUCAAAGUGUAACUCUUUGUCUAUCUGUCACAAAUAUUGUUUAAAAAACUGCAGUUUGUUAUUCAUCUGUUCUCAUUGAUAGUGAUACUGUAGGCUGCCAAUAUUUUCUUGAAAGUUUGUUUUGGGUUUGACAUCAGUGGUGUUGAAAUUGGAAAUUAAGAUCUUACCUUUCUUUCAACUUUGACAUGUUUUGUUCACAUUCCUAUCAUCUGGGAUCUCUUGUUUUAAUAUGACCUUUCACAAAAUAAAUCUAGGAAAUAGACAAUUUCAAGAAAGAGAACUACUCCUUCAAGCUAAUAGACCAUAGGCUAUAGUAUAGUUGGUGAGAUGAAACCUAGCUAUCGGGAGAGUCAUGUAGGCGGUUAAACCAGUAACUAACCAACUAAUUUGGAACUUCAGUUGAGUACAUUUAGGUAAGAUAGAAGUAAUAAACUUUUUUAUGGCAAUUCUUAAACGAACAUUAAUGUUUUUGGAUUGAAGGAUGCUUGGUGUUCUUGAUGGGAGAAAUCAGAAGCACCUUCAGAAAUCCUUUUAGCUUUGCAAAUGACCCAACUACCACAUGAUUACACUUUAGAGGCAAUGUAUUUAUUAGUCCACAUGCUGCAAGGAACAUAUAGAUAGCUCAGCUCAAUGUUCCGAUUUGACCUUUGAGCUAAGAUCCAGCAGCUGUAUCAUAAUCAUGUUGUGAACUGUGAAUAAUGAUUCAGAAAAAUGUUGUUAUAAGUAAUUUUUUUUAAAUUGUACUAAAUUUUGUAUAAUUUUAUACAAUACUUAUAUGGUUGUCUCAAUUUUGUGUUGUUACUUGUUAAAUGUUUCCAGUCUAAUUGUUUAAUGUAUUUAGUGCUCAUUGAUAGCCAGGAACAUUUUGAGGCGAGCUCCUUGAGUAUCUGGUGCCUACUGUAAAUCAAAUGGGAGAAAUGAAUAAGAUUGUAUGUGUUGUGACUUAGAUCUAUGCCAUUUUCAAAUGCCACCUUAACACUGUGUCUUCCGAUUUAACAUAAUGUCAUCACUUUAUACUGAUACGGACAUAUUGUUAUUUUCAAGAAGAUAUUUUGCAGUGUUGCUUUGAUGCAUGUGUGGGUUUUUACUCAUGAUGAAACUUAACAGGAACACUUGAUGUUGGUACUUCAUUUAAGUUGUAUGUUUUGCUAAAUGUGUCUCUGAUUUAUUUUCCAUUUCUCAUUAUGU